GCAGGCACACCACGUCUCCGGCCCUGUCUCUGCCGCGGGGGGCUCCCUGCACCAGCCCUGGCACUUCAGCAGCAUCUAUGUCUAAGAAUAAUGUUACUGACCAGAAGCUAAAUCUGGAAGCAGUGAUUAAAAACAUUCACAUGAUUUCAUUGGAGUUGAAGAAAACACAAGAGCUCUCCCAGCUACUCCUUUGUGACCUCAUUCUGUAUUUUAAAUGUCCGGGGGACACAGAUGACUUAAAGGAAACAGAAGGAAACAAGCCCCUCUUUGAAGAGCCUAAAAUAUCAGAUGUGUGCCUUGCUUCCAGAAGUUCUAACUAA